GCUAGGGGCGGAGUUGGCAGAAAGCUCUCAAGGAAAAACUUGAGAUGCGAGUCAGUUUAGUGAGACUGAGGGCAACCGUGGACUACACACCUCUCUCGAGCAAAAAGACAGGACUGGACUUUUGAACCUGUGAAAGACUGCGUGUGUACCCGACUCCGGCGAGUCAAAAUGUAUCCUAAUCCGAGACGCGCUUUUGAGAUUUUGGAGACGCGUAACAGCGCGUGAAACUUAGAUGUGGAAAGUAUGACCGUGGUUAUACAGCGAUUGAGCAAGUCAUCGUUUCACGCUAUGCGUCUUAAGCGCAUGAUUUGAUUUGAACAUCAACCUGCAUGUGAAAACAACAACUCGGUGAAGAUGAACGAAACGAGCAACAGUCAUGUCAAGGAAGGUUGGAACCCUAGUACCAUCCCGGUCAUUAUGUUCAUAUUUGGAGUGGUCGGGAACGUGAUUGCUAUCGUAGUGCUUCGAAAGUCACGGAAAGAGCAAAAAGAGACCACUUUUUACACUCUGGUGUGUGGACUUGCCGUAACUGACCUCCUGGGAACAAUGCUUGCGAGUCCAGUCACCAUUGCCACCUAUGUGAAGGGAGUGUGGCCCGGUGGGAUCCCGCUGUGUCAGUAUUCCGGCUUCAUUCUACUCUUCUUCUCCUUGGCAGGUCUCAGUAUUAUCUGCGCCAUGUCCGUCGAGAGGUACCUCGCCAUCAAUCACGCGUAUUUCUACAACCACUACGUGGACCAGCGGGUGGCAGGCUUGACGCUCGUGGUGAUCUAUGUGUCCAAUGCGCUCUUCUGCGCUCUUCCCAGCAUGGGACUGGGAUCCGUGGUGCAACAGCAUCCAGGAACCUGGUGUUUCAUUGACUGGCAUAGCAACGACAGCACGAACGCCACUUUCUCCUACAUGUACGCCGGCUUCAGCUCCGUCCUCAUCCUCGCCACAGUCCUCUGUAACGUGCUGGUGUGCGCGGCUCUCAUUAUGAUGCACAAGCGCUUCGUCCGCAGGACCUCGCUGGGGACGGACCAGGCGCGAGUCGCGGAGAUCAGGCGCAGGCGGAGUUUCGUGCGUCUGGCUGGCGCGGAGAUCCAGAUGGUCAUUGUUCUCAUAGCCACGUCCAUUGUCGUGCUCAUCUGCUCCAUCCCUUUAGUGAUGCAGGUGUUUGUGAACCAGCUGUAUAAUUCUCCAGUAGAGACGACAACAGAGCUGAACCCAGACCUUAUGGCCAUCCGAAUUGCCUCUGUCAACCCCAUUCUGGACCCCUGGAUCUACAUCCUGCUGAGAAAGACAGUCGUACAGAAGAUUCUAGAAAAGAUCAAGUGCCUCUUCUGCCGUAUCGGUGGGAGGAGACACGGGAGGAGCUCUACAGAGUUCCACUGUGGUAAUGGCAUCCACAACUCAUCGGUCAUGUCUCGUGAUUUGCCGUCGCUAGCGUUGCCCGAGCUGCCAGAGGUGAUCAGCACAUCACAGAUGUACCUGUAUCCCAUGGAGGCAGGACAGGAAAUAGGCUGCUGCGGUGGCUCUGUGCAGAGCAGGACGUGUUCGACUUCAACCGAGCAAACCCUUCUGCGGGACUCUCAGGUGGUAGAGCUCAGGACGGAAACAGGCACGGACUUUGUGAAAUCACAUUCGUGCACGCACGCCAACACAAAUGAAGCCCAAUGUUCCAAGCACCAGCCUCUGCAGGUGACCUUUACAGAUGAGAAUUUGAGUUUACAAGAAAGAAGCAUAUGAUGCAUGCUGAAAGACUUGCUUAGUUCAGCAGAACGAUGUGUCGGGAGGUGAAAUACAUUUCAAGAGCUUGAUGUGAGUGUUGUGAAUGAGAACUACUCAGAGCAAAAACUGAAAGAAAGAAUUCCUAAAAACUCAUGAGACUAAAGAGAAUAGUUUAAGAGAAAGACUAACCAAAGGACUAAACUUGGUGCAAGAAAGUGAAAAAAAAGUGCUUACUAAAGUA